AUAACCAUACCUUUCCUCGGAUCUGCAAUAUUAAAAAUACAGCAAAAGCCAUGAAAAAAGCGCUUGGAUCCGCUUUUGGGGAGAGAGAAUUGUGGGACUGCUAACGAAACCCUCGCUCGUCGUGGUUGUGGUGACGGCGGAGGCGUUGGUGUGGACCUGGCGGCUUGAGAUUGGAGAUGAGGGGGCGAUUGUGGGUUUCAAGCUAGCUGAAUCGGAGAGCAUGGUCGGCGAUUUCUAGUUUGGCCGUGUUUCUCCGAUUCUAAUCUCUCUCUAUCACAGGCGUCUUUCCUUUGGUUCGGGCUACAGGGCUUUGGUGGAGUUUGUUCUAAUUGGAGGAAAUAAUUGUUACCCUCCAUCAAAAUGGUUCUCAAAACCUUUGUACGCUGGAAGGAGAUAACAGGUGUAAUUGGAAGCAAAUCAAAAAGAAGGUUUGAAAAGAAGCCUUGGACUGGCCGUACAAAGUCAUAUGUUGCGCCUGACGAAGAACUACUACCCUGUGUAGAAUCAAUAGAGCAGGGGCAGUGGGCGAACCUCCCACCGGAAUUGCUUCUGGACAUUAUCCAAAGGGUAGAAGAGAGUGAGACCUCAUGGCCGGCUCGUGCCGUGGUUACAUUUUGUGCUUCAGUUUGUAGGUCGUGGAGGGAAAUUACAAAGGAGAUUGUUAUGACUCCAGAGCAAUGUGGAAAGAUAACGUUUCCCAUCUCAUUAAAGCAGCCGGGUCCUCGUGAGUCUCCUAUACAGUGCUUUAUCGGGAGAGAUAGAACUACUUCCACUUAUUAUUUGUACUAUGGUCUCGUGCCUUCUGAAGCCGAGAAUGAUAAACUGCUGUUAGCUGCCAGAAAGACCAGGAAGGGAACACAUACAGACUUUGUGAUUUCGUUAGUUUCUGAUGAUUUUUCUCGGGCCAGCAACACAUAUGUUGGUAAAUUAAGGUCUAACUUUUUUGGUACCAAGUUCACUGUAUUUGACAGCCAGCCUCCUUGUGAAGCAGCAAUGCGAAUGACUAGCCGCACAAACCGCAGGAUAAAGACUAAGCAGGUGUCUCCAAGAGUUCCGGCAUGUAACUACGCUGUAGGCUCUAUCUCAUAUGAACUAAAUGUUUUGCGGACAAGAGGACCUAGAAGAAUGAAUUGCAUCAUGCAUUCUAUUCCUGUAUCUUCUAUCGAAGAAGGGGGCACUGCACCAACACCAACUUCCUUGUCACAAUCAUUUGAUGAACAUGUUUCCGCAUUACCAGGCUCAAAAGUAAAGGAACCAGUCACGGAUAUCAGAUCUGUGAGCUCCUUGGGGUCACCAGUGGUGGUUCAGCACCCAGUUGAGCCACUGGUCCUUAAAAAUAAGGCUCCUAGAUGGCAUGAGCAACUGCAGUGCUGGUGCCUAAAUUUCAAAGGACGUGUUACUGUUGCUUCCGUAAAGAAUUUCCAGCUUGUGGCUGCCGUUGAGCCAUCCCACAAUGUCCCUGCUGCGGAGAAAGAAAAGGUAAUCCUACAAUUUGGUAAAAUUGGAAAAGAUAUCUUCACCAUGGAUUACCGUUAUCCCCUUUCAGCAUUUCAAGCCUUUGCCAUCUGCCUGAGCAGUUUUGAUACCAAACCGGCCUGUGAAUGAUUGAUAACCAAGUUCCAAGAGAUAUCUUGGUGUGCUGAUUUUCUUCCUCGCUGUUUUGUAUGGAAAUGUAGAUCUACAGCACUGUAUAUGGCCAUCCAGAGAUGUUUGUAGCCAUUCUGUGGGAGUUCUUUUUCUAAUCUUGGAAUUACCUGUAUGUUGCCUUGUCAUAUUGGCACUUAUUUAUUCAACUUUUAGAGGAAGCUCUUAUCAUAUUGGCACAUAGUUCUCAUUCUUUUUCA